CAGCAUGCCGGAAGCACAUGUUGGCGCGCUGCUACUGAUGUUGUUAUGAAGUCUGUCAUGUAACCAGAAAGACUUGGGCAUUUUUUGUACGUUCUUGUCUAUUAUAACGUGUGAACAAUGGCAGCGCCUAUCAGCCCAAUGGAGCAGGACUCCGACCGCUGCGGGAGCGAAGAGGAGAACCGCGGGGCGGAGGCGGAGGAGGGCGGGCAGCCGCAGAUGGGCCCCGCGGCCGCCGUGAGCCACAGCCGGCUGUCCAAGCUCCCGCUGGCCCGCAUCAAAGCCCUGAUGAAGACCGACCCGGACGUGUCCCUGGCCAGCCAGGAGUCUGUGUUCAUCAUCGCUAAAGCCACGGAGUUGUUUGUUGAGAUGAUUGCCAAAGAUGCUUUGGUGUACGCACAGCAGGGCAAGCGGAAAACUCUGCAAAGAAAAGACCUGGACAACGCGAUAGAGGCCAUAGAUGAGUUUGCGUUUCUUGAAGGGACUCUAGAUUAAAGAUUACUUCACAAGCCCAGUAAGAAGAGAGGACAUCUAUGGCCAUUCAGGAAGAAUUCUGUCAAUGUGGAAAACGUUUUUUGUGCUUUUCUAAAUCGGACUCGCAUAUCGGAUCUUUAUAAAUCUUUUUUUUUUAAAGAACUUUAAAGACAUUGAUAGUACAAUGUACAUUCAUUUGUAAAUAUGUGUGAAAUACUACAGUGCAAUGAAAUAAAUGUGCAUUUUAAAUUUUUAUGUUUGAGACACUUAAUCUUUCUCACAACACAAAGGAGUGUGAACGA